GGAGGGGCCCGUGGAGGCGAAGCGAGGACGUCCAAGCGUAACGGCCGGCCGCAACUAACAAACUCCCGCCCCUGCCUUCCUCCGCCCUUUCUUCUUCUAUCCUCGAACACCUCCCCUCUCUUCCUCUAACUGCUCCUAUAUAUAUCUGCCCCAGCGCCCACGCACGACUCCAGGAGAGAGCCCACCGCACGACGGAGAGAGAGAGAGAGAGAGCGCGACAUCCCGAGAGAUGAGCAGCGGUGGCAGCAUGUCGCCGGCGCUGGCGAGGUCCAGCGGUGGCAGCAUGUCCCCGGCGAUGGCAUGGUCACCGUCAUCCAGGAGGGGGGAGCACAGGAACGGCGGCGGCCGCUUCAGGGCGGAGAUCGAGAUGGACACGGGCGUUGCCCUUCCCAGGGGCCCGGAGCUUGGGUUCGCCGCCGCCGUGCGAGAGCCGCUGGUGAGGCUGCAGCGCCCCAAGUACGACUUCGAGAGGUGGGACUGGGGCUACUUCGCAUGGCCGCACGACCGUCUCGACGCCAAUAUGGAGAUGAGGGACAGCGAUCCGAGGGCGACAUUCGAGGCGGACUCCAAGGUGACAGAGAGCUUCCUGAGCCGGAGCACACUGCAGCUAGAGGCCGGCGAAGGCUUCCCGAGCCAGAGUUCGCCGCAGCUAGAGGCGAGCGAGGGCGGCUUCACGGUCCAGAGCAUGCUGGAGCCAGAGGCCGGCCAGUGCUGCCUGUGUCAGAGCACGCUGCAGCUGGGGGCCGGCCACGGCCAGUGCUUCCUGUGUCAGAGCACGCUGCAGCUGGAGUCCGUCCACGGCCAGGGCUUCCCGAGCCAGAGCACGCUGGAGCUGGAGGCCGCCGAGGGCUUCCUAAUAAGCGAGAGCUGGCCGCAGCCGGAGGCGAGCGAGGGCUUCCCGAGUCAGAGCACGCUGCAGCUCGAGGCCGGCGAAGGCUCCCCAAGCGGCCGGAGCAUGCUGCCGGUAGAGUUCGACGACGACACGCCCCUCGGACGCUACGCGCCGUGGCGUCGGGGAUGCGCAGAGUCCAACCCGUUCCUGCUUGACCAUUGCAUGGCACCGCAAGAUCGUUGGGCAUACUAGGAGCAGGAGUGAGCCACGCCAUGACCAUAUCCCCCCUUGUCUGCAGCACACUGAGAAAGAAAGAGAUCGAGGGGUAACCUACAAGCCGGACGACGAUCUGACGACAUGAUCCCCAAAUCUGAAGAUUUUGGGUACGGUGUCUUGGCAGAGGAGAACAACCGAGGAGAUUAUUCUAUUCAACUGGCAACAGGGGAGCUAAACCAGGAGAAGCAGAAGGUCGUCGACGGGACGAUGGCGUCUGUUGAUUCGUAGGUUGAGACUUGAGAGGCUGAUGCGUCUGGCAUCAGUUUGCUGAUCGGGAUACAGUAGGGUUAGCAUCAACAAGUUUUGGUUCAAAACUGCCAGAAAGACACUCUGUAAAACUGUUAGAAAGAAACUCUGUACAGUAGAGAUAUACUCCAUACACACCCAUGUAAAGCUCCCCAGAAUUCCAUGGCUCUUCUGAACAACUGUUGUUGACUGAAUUUGUACGCAGUAU